AUGGGGCAGUCUCCCCUGGCCCUGCUGCGUCUCCUCGUGGUGCUGAGCGGGUCCCGGUCCAGCCUGAGCCUGGAUCUGAUCCCCUACACGCCUCAGGUCACAGCCUGGGACAUGGAAGGCAAGGUCACCGCCUCCACCUUCUCCCUGGAGCAGCCCCGCUGUGUCCUCAACGGGCAUGCCAGCACCACUGACACCGUUUGGCUCGUGGUGGCCUUCAGCAACGCCUCCAGGGGCUUCCAGAACCCAAAGACGUCGGCCGAGAUCCCGGCCUCCCCACAGCUGCUGACCGAGGGCGCCUACAUGACCCUGCCCCUGUCCCUGGAGCAGCUGCCCUGCGCGGACGCCGUGGGAGGCCGUGGAGGCGUCCCCCUGCUGCGGGUGGGCAAUGACUACGGCUGCCAGCAGCAGCCCUACUGCAACGCGCCCCUCCCCGGCCCCGGACCUUACCGUGUGAAAUUCCUCCUGAUGGACGCUAGAGGCUCAUCCAAGGCGGAGACCAAGUGGUCGGACCCCAUCACUCUCCACCAAGGGAAGUCCCCAGGCUCCAUUGACACGUGGCCAGGGCGGCGAAGUGGCGGCAUGAUCGUUGUCACCUCCGUCCUCUCUUCGCUGGCCGGCCUGCUGCUCCUGGCCUUCCUGGCAGCCUCCACCGUGCGCUUCUCCAGCCUGUGGCGGCCGGAGGAGGGCCCCGAGCAGCUGCGGAUCGGCUCCUUCACGGGGAAGCGCUACACCACCCACCACAUCCCGCCCAGUGAGGCGGCCACACUGCCUGUGGGCUGCGAGCCUGCCCUGGACCCCCUGCCCAGCCUCAGCCCCUAGCCUGGCCGUUCGGCGGGGGCUGGGUGGUGGGGCAGGGAG